CAACCUAGCUGAGCUGAUAGCGGCGAUACAGAGAAGGGAGAAGAAACCAGAGAAGUUGAACCCUAAACCCUUUGCUUUCUUUGGAAUCGAAGAUGGACAAGAACAUGCUUGCUGAUUUGGAGGGUCUUCCUGAAGAAGACAAGCUCAAAAUGGCCACCAUGAUCGACCAGCUCCAGAUUCGAGACAGUCUGAGAAUGUACAACUCAUUGGUCGAGAGAUGCUUUGCGGAUUGCAUAGACAACUUUCAGCGAAAAUCCCUAACGAAGCAAGAGGAAACAUGUGUACGUAGGUGUGCCGAGAAGUUCUUGAAGCACUCAAUGCGCGUUGGAAUGAGAUUUGCUGAGCUCAACCAAGGAGCCGCUACCUCAGAUUAAUGUCGCAUCAGAGGACACCCAGACAUAUUCUCGAGACCUUCAGUUCUUUCACCUCUGGAAUUAUAGUAUGUUUCUUCCAUAUUCUUGAAACCUUCAGUGCUUUCACCUCUGAAUUUAUAGCACAGGCUUCCAUAUAUGGUGCAACUGGGAUUAAGUGGUGAUUUGAUUUGACUUAUAUAUUAAAAGUUUUAGUAGCAGACUUUCAAUAAAUGUUUGAGAUUUGAUAUC